GUUGGAUAAGGUCUCAAGGCUGCAACUCCGAAAAAGUGUAGUAGUAGUAACACCAAAAAAAGAAAAAAAAUGUCAUUUCAUCAUCUAUGUUCCUCUCCCUCAUCUCUUCUUCAUGACCCUAUUCCUCUCUGUAAUCCUCUCUCAGUGUAUCCCAAAUCCACUCCAAGAAGUUUCUUCUGCUCUUACAACCCCAAUUCUUCUCCUUCCCACUCCAGAAACCUUCUCCAAGUAACCCAUGUUUCUGUACAAGAAGCGAUUCCGCAAGAAACCCGGACCGAAAAAUCCAAACUUGAUGCGGAUCUUCCACUACCAGACGCUGCAGCUUCCAAAAGCUACGUCUGGGUUAAUCCCAAAAGCCCCAGAGCUUCUCAGCUCCGUAGAAAAUCAUACGAUUCGAGGUAUUCUUCUCUUAUCAAACUAGCCGAGUCUCUUGACGCGUGUAAGCCAAACGAGUCUGAUGUUUGCGAUGUCAUUACUGGGUUUGGUGGUAAAUUGUUUGAGCAAGAUGCUGUUGUUACUCUCAAUAACAUGACUAACCCUGAAACUGCGCCACUUGUGUUGAAUAAUCUUUUGGAGACGAUGAAACCGAGUAGGGAAGUGAUUCUCUACAAUGUUACCAUGAAGGUGUUUAGGAAAAGCAAGGAUCUUGAAAGCUCAGAGAAGCUGUUCGGCGAAAUGCUUGAGAGAGGGGUUAAACCGGAUAAUGCAACUUUCACUACGAUAAUUAGCUGUGCUAGGCAGUGUGGUUUGCCUAAAAGAGCUGUUGAGUGGUUCGAGAAAAUGUCUUCUUUUGGAUGUGAGCCUGAUAAUGUAACAUUGGCAGCUAUGAUUGACGCUUACGGGCGUGCUGGUAAUGUUGACAUGGCUUUGAGCUUGUAUGACCGUGCAAGGACUGAGAAAUGGCGCAUUGACGCUGUUACUUUUUCGACUUUGAUUAGGAUUUAUGGUGUUUCUGGAAACUAUGAUGGGUGUCUUAAUAUCUAUGAAGAGAUGAAGGCUCUUGGGGUGAAGCCUAAUCUGGUCAUUUACAAUAGGUUGUUAGAUUCAAUGGGUAGAGCCAAGAGGCCGUGGCAGGCUAAGAUAAUCUAUAAGGAUCUUAUUAGCAAUGGCUUUACACCCAAUUGGAGUACUUAUGCUGCCCUUGUUAGAGCUUAUGGUAGAGCUCGUUAUGGGGAUGAUGCACUUGCUAUCUACCGCGAGAUGAAGGAAAAAGAAUUGUCUUUAACUGUGAUUCUUUACAAUACUCUCUUGUCCAUGUGUGCUGAUAUCGGAUAUGUGGAUGAGGCUUUUGAGAUUUUUCAAGAUAUGAAGAAUUGUGGGACUUGUGAUCCUGACAGCUGGACCUUCUCAUCGCUGAUCACUGUGUACUCUUGCAGUGGGAGGGUUUCAGAGGCUGAGGCGGCUCUUGUUCAAAUGAGAGAAGCUGGUUUUGAGCCUACUCUAUUUGUUCUGACGUCAGUUAUCCAGUGUUAUGGGAAAGCCAAACGGGUAGAUGAUGUUGUGAGGACAUUCGAUCAAGUUUUGGAACUGGGCAUUACUCCGGAUGACAGAUUCUGUGGUUGCCUUCUGAAUGUAAUGACCCAGACACCAACUGAGGAAAUCGGUAAACUCAUUGGCUGUGUCGAGAAGGCUAAGCCAAAGCUGGGUCAAGUGGUAAAGAUGUUGGUCGAGGAGCAAAACUGUGAGGAAGGGGUGUUCAAGAAGGAAGCAUCUGAGUUGAUUGAUUCCAUUGGCUCUGAUGUAAAGAAAGCAUAUUUGAAUUGCUUGAUUGAUCUCUGCGUCAAUCUCAAUAAGUUGGAAAGAGCUUGUGAGAUCCUACAAUUGGGACUUGAGUAUGACAUUUAUACGGGUCUCCAAUCGAAAUCUGCUACGCAAUGGUCCUUACAUCUAAAAAGUCUCUCUCUGGGGGCAGCCUUGACCGCUCUUCACGUUUGGAUGAACGACUUAUCAGAGGCAGCUUUGGAAUCUGGAGAAGAGUUCCCUCCGUUGCUUGGAAUCAACACUGGACAUGGGAAACACAAAUACUCAGACAAAGGUUUGGCAGCUGUUUUUGAGUCUCACUUAAAGGAGCUAAAUGCUCCUUUCCAUGAAGCCCCGGAUAAGGUUGGUUGGUUUUUGACUACUAGUGUUGCGGCAAAGGCAUGGUUGGAGUCUAGACGCUCAUCUGGAGGAGUGUCUGUGUAGCUCUUGUAAUUGGUAUGUAGCUUUGAAAUGUCAAUGUGGCUUCGAGCUUUAUCCACUAUUUAGCUUUCUAUCUCCUGAUACCAGAAUAUUCUGGAUCAGGAAAGAUUUUGUAAUGUUAGCAAACUGGGGUUAUACACAUUUGAAACAAUUUAGAGAGCUGA